AUGGAUCUAUGUGAAGUUACUUUUCAAUCGAAAUCAGGUCAACAACAAACAGGCUUAUUUCAUCGAACCACAAAAUGGCAACAAAUUAAUUUUUGGUUAAAAAAUCUUGCAUCAAUGAUUGAAAAACCCGCUGAAAAUUAUGCCUAUUGGGACCAAAAACAUCACAGUAUUGUUGAUGGAAAUCAAUCAAUUUCUUCAACAAUUCAUCCAUCAAUGACAACAACUUUUGAUGAAAUCAAAUGGAAUGAUACUAUCGAAGUGACAUUUUCACUUGAUAACAACAAUCAAACUCGACUAUCAGAUUCAAUACUUGUUGAAGUUGACGAUCAAGAAAAUAUAAUAUCUCAACAAUUUACUAUCUUUGCGACAAUGGCCAAUGUUUAUCAACAAAAUAAAAUAAAUACUGAACAACAAUCUCUUCUCUAUUUUAAUGACGUUAUUCCAUCAUUAGAUACACAACUGAUAUCUUUUCCAUUAAAAUCAACUAUUGAAUUUACAUUGAUAGACGCCAAAUUACCGAUAACAGCUACUAUUGUCAAUGUUGAAGAUCAAUGUUCAAUCAAAUUUCAAUGUUCAUAUUUUAUCAUAAUUAAACAUCUAUGUCAAAUUGCAUGUCAAUUAUUCGUGGUGAACAGUGAUUACUAUCGAUUGUUGUUUCAGAAUAAUGUACUUGAUGGUGACGACAUGUCACUUGAUGCUAUCGACUGUUCGAUGAUUGAAAUGGAUUUGCAUCUGAUUUGUACAGCAACUUUAAAAUGUUCUAUUAAAUAUUGUGACCAAACACUCAUGUUGCCUUCUAGUGAAAAUACAUUGAUCUCAACGAUUCUUGAAGAAACAUUUCAUAAGUUCAGUAUUCCACAGGCAGAUCUUCAUUUAUAUGAAUUAAUUGUUAUGGAUAAUUAUCGAACGAAAACUGAACUGAACAAUUCAAUCGAAGAAAUUAUCAGAUUAUUACCUGAUGGAACUACUUUGAUACAAUUUGAGUUACAAAGAGUCCGAAUAUAA